CGUUCCAAGGAGGUGUAGCACGCGUAAAUUGCAAGGCGCGUCAUAGGCGCAAAGCAGAUGCCCGAUUAGGACGACCCUGGCCUGCCCACGUGCAUUUCGAUCAGCUCAGCCCUCUCUGCAUACUUGCAGCCGACCCAUCUCCGUUGUCAUAAAUGGCCACCACCCUGCUCACCUCCGUAACCCCAGGCUUAGCACCUAUGCUACCCUCGCUGCUACCGAUGGACAAGUACAGGGGAGCUGUUGUAGAGGAUCUGCAACUGCCACCUGCUUUCUCGCUCCCAUCCCAUGAGUCUAUUUCUCGCGCAAUCCAGCUAGCAUACGAUCGCGACUUCUCACAGAUACCCGUGCUGAACAGCAAGCGACGUCCUCUUGGCUAUGUUGACGUGGCUACGCUGAAAGCCAAGUGGGAGGCAGGUAUCGCACAACCGAGCGACUCUGUGGUGAAGUACAUGACCAAGUUUAAUCGCAAAGCAAGUGAACCAUAUACCCUCGUCACGCCCGACACGCCACUGGCGGAUCUAGCAGAAUUUCUUCGCGACAACUUGUUUGCAUUAGUGACGGAUUAUGACAGGAAGUUCGUUCUUGCUGUAGCCACUUCUCAGGAUUUGGACAACUUCGUCUCUCGGAGAGGUAUAUCAGGUUGAGGCAUUUGUUUUGUAUUUAUAGCUCCUAAUGCGUUCCCAUCAUCCAAUCAUGGGCCACUGUAAUCUCCAAGUGUCUUUCAUCUUUUGAGCAAUAGACAUGUAGAUUGAUAACAGGGCUGUUCAAUACAACUUAAGAGACUGACUCCAUCCGUGGGCGUUUAAUCGUGUGAUUCAUCUUUCCUGUGUUCCACCAUGGU